AUCCCCCUGUAUUCUAAGCGUAAACAAAGACAAGUUCCUUAUCUUAUUUCUAACUUACAAUAUUGUUAGUUACAAUUAAAUCGAUCUAGAAUUAUUAUAAAUCUAUUACCACAUUGAAUUCUGAGUUUAUUGUAAGUACUUUAAACGUUUCUUCAUUAAUUUGUAAUGAUAAGAUAUUGUAUAUGUAAAUAAUGGAUACCAAAAUUGAAACAUUACAUCAAAUAUUUGACAAAAUGUCUUAUGGUGAAAAUCUUGAGGACACUACCGAAGCUAGUGAAUGGGUUCAAUCCACAGAAAUACAAGACAAAACUAAUGAUGUUGAUGAUGUUCUAAAAGGUAUAAAACAAAGUACAGAAAAAGUUCAAAAGCAACAUUUGAUAAGAUUAGCUCAAGAAAUCCAAGGAAAGUCCAAUGUAAUAGCACAAAUUGAAAUUAUACAACGGGGAGUGCUAUCAAAAGACACGAAAAAAUCGACGGAUAUUAUAGCACAGUAUUUGUUUUACUAUGCAAAUUUUAUUAAACGAAGCAACGAGAAAGAAAAAAAAGGAGAAUCCAAAGGAUUAAACGUAGCAGUUUUUGAAGACGAUAGCCCUUUAUGGCUUUUAGCGCUUGCCAUAAUACCAAGUAUAGUAUCAGGUUAUACAAUUUUAAUUCAAACUGGAAUUAAAUUUGCGAGGGUUGUAAAAUAUAUAUUGGAAUUAGCUAAAAAAGUGGGGAUACCUGAAGAAUUUUUUGUACUUGUCCCAAGUUGUAAUUGUUCGGUAUCAUCAAAUGAUACCGAAUUACAAUUAUAUUUGAAUAAUGAACGAGUAGGUAUAAUUAUUCUAUUUUUAGACUUACUAAAUCCAAAAUAUAAGGGAGUCAAUAAACUGAACAAGAAAAUUUUGGUUUUUUCGUCAUAUAAAACGUCGGUAAUAGUUUUUGACGACGCUGAUACGGAUUCUGCUGUUGAAAAUAUUAUAGAAGCUGCAUGGGGCUACCAAGGAAUGAAUCCUUGGUCUGUAGAUACUGUAAUAAUUCAAGAGAAUGUGUUUAAUAAAGUGGAAGUAAAAUUAAGACGUAAAUUGGAGAUUCUUAAAAUUGGGUAUGGUAACGAUAGAAAUGCUGAUAUAUCUUACCCCACAAAUUCAAAAAUAUUCAAAAAUUUGACUAAGCAAGUCAACAAGGCAAAAUCAUUGGGCAUAACAGUUUAUCAGAAAGAAAUAAGUACUAAUAGUGAUUUUACUCCUACACUUAUCAUAGGGUCAAAAGUUUCUACAAACAAUGUGAUUGAGACCUUAGAAAAUAGUUUUGCCAUAGCAUUAGUGCCUUUUAGAUUUAUUGAUGAGGCUGUCAAUUUGGCUAAUAAUUCUAGACAAGGAUUGGGCGUGUCUGUUUGGUGUGAGAAUAUUGGACUAGUGAAUGAAGUAGCUAGAAAAUUAAACGUGAAUAAUGUCUGGAUAAACUCUCAUGGUUUACUCUCUCCUGAGGUGCCUUUAAUACCUUUCAAAGACAGUGGUCUUGGAUUUUUUGGAUCUAAAUUCGGAAUUGCAGAAUACGCGAAAAUUUCACCGCCUAUUCAACGCGGGCCAUUUGAACUACCAGACGCGUAUAAGAACGUCGAGGUUGUGAAAAAUGCAAUUAAUUUGGGUAAACGUGCAAGCAGUAUCUGGAAUAAAAAGACAUUUUUAGAUAAAUCUCUGGUUUUCCUACAAAUAGAAAAGCUUAUUGAUGAAAAUAAGUCGAAAAUUAUUUCAAAAGUGCCUGAUGCAUGGCUUGUUAACUUAUUGCAAACGAUAGAAGAAGGUGUAUCAGUUAUUCCAGGAAUUGGAGGAACUCUUAGUAUAAAUGGUUUUAAUGUAACAUCCUCCAAAGAACCUAAAGGUGUUCUUGUCAUUGAAACCAGAACCGAUAUAGAUACCCAUUGUUGGAAGUUAAUAAUUGCCGCUCUUUUAGAAGGUAACAGUGUAAUAUUACUAAACGAAUCGGCCGCAACAGAAAGUCUUUAUCAGGAUAUCAGUAAGCAGUUUCCAGCAUGCGUUUUGUCCGUUUUUCCUUAUAGUCUAGACGCGGUAAAAACUUGUUCUCUACACAAAGAGUUGGACGGGUAUUUUUCAAACGAGAGCAAUAUCAUUUUCAGUUUGUUGCCGCUCUCAGAGUCAAAAAUAUUCGGUUUUACUAGCGACGACUGGGAGCAUAAUUUUAGAAAAGUUAUAUUGGUUAAAAACGUGUGGAGCAAUAUAGGGCUGUCUUUUCAGUGUAAUUUAUAAGUUGGAGAUAACUUAGAUUCAAAUUACAUAUUAUAAUCUUUUUACACGUCCGUUGAUCAAAAUGUACGAUAAUUUUAAAAAAUAGUGUUUGUAAUCC